AUGAACACCACUGCCAACACCACUGUGUCUACUCCUGCUGUCGUCAACGCGCAACCAAGUCUCCUGGAACGUUUGGGUGGCAAUGAUGUUCUGGAAGUUGUCUUGGAAGGAUUUUACUUUCGAUUGCUCUGCGAUGAGGAUCUUUUGGAGAUCUUUGACGGCAUUGAUACUGCUUGGCUCAAGGUUCAUCAACACAAGUUUCUGACUCUGGCGUUUAACAGCGCCGAUUUGUCGGGAAAAGCCGUUGGCAAGCAUAUUGCCAGAGGUCACGCCCGUCUCUGGGCCAAGGGAUUAUCGGAACGUCAUUUUGAUCUCGUGGUGGAGCACCUCGUUGAAGCCUUGCUGGAGAUGGAUACCGAACAGUCUCUGAUGGACGAUGUCGUUGCCGUGGUCCGCCCCUUGCGGACAGUGUUUGAAGAGAAUGCUCUCAAACACCGCCAACAACAGCAAGCUAGCAGCAACAGCAAGAUUGCCUCUACUAGCAAUGUCACUGCUGUGCCGAACACUCAAACAAAGAGAGACUCUGCCACCGGUAGUGCAGCCAAGAAGUCAACCAAGAAGCGAUCGUCGUCGGUCUCCAAGUCAGUAUUCAGCAUGUUCAACGCACGGACCAACUAGGAAAUGCGAUGCCUCCUUUCGGGAAAACAGACUUCGGUUGUACAUCAACUAAACUAUAGCUUACAUAAACUAGUCUUUAGCUUACAUAUAUGCAAGCUUUCUUUCUAGUAGGCAUCGCGGUAGAGCCAAGCCACUGACAAACGCUAGUAGCUGGUAAUCAAACUCUAGUGGCUUCACUGAAAAGCUACUCCCGUAAACAAGAAUGCACUACUGCACUUCAUUCAUUCCUUCAAUUCACGGCCAUGAUACUUCCGCUGUGGCAUCCGUGUUUUGGAGAAAGGAACAACUGGGCCCACAGCACGUGCAGCAGUCACAGGCGACUGUCCCAACUUGCCGUUGACAAUCCGUCGUCAGGCGUACCAGUCGAAAGGCCUCUCUCAAGUCACAAACUUCGUCCGGCAUGGUUCCGACCAAUAGAUUGUCAUGUAACUCGAUGCGUUUCACAUCCUCCAGGGCACCCCAUUCCGCUGGAAUGGUCCCCGUCAAUGCAUUGUCAUGAGCAAAGAAUUGAACAAACUCGUCCCCCAAGAACGGCGGCAGUGUUCCAGUCAAACUGCAAUUGGAAAUGCCCAGCGAAACAAGUGUGGAUACUUGUUCGAUGGACGAUGGAAUGGUUCCCGUCAUUAUGGGAUUGUUGUCGACCCACAGUUCGAUAAUGGCGGGCAUGUCCAGAACAAAAUCCAAUGAUCCCGUCAAGUCGGCGUGAACGCCGUAUAAAAAUUGCAGUUGCGGCAAGGAUGCCAGCUGCGACGGAAUACCACUAUUGUAACGAUUGCCCGAUAGAUCCAUGUACUCGAGAUUGGUCAAAUUGACAAAGGUAGAUCCAUCCAGAGGACCAUCGUAGAGUACGUAGGAACAAUCGUACUCUUUUAACCGUGUCAAUGUUCCAAUGACAGAGGGAAUGCCAUUAUCAUUUUGAAAAAAGGUUCUUCCAUAAAAGAGAUACUGUAGAUUGUGCAAUUCUCCCAACCAGGCAUGUCCUUCCGCUCCACUAUUUUCGAGAAUGUUUUGGUACACAUCCAAGGUAGUCAACCAAUCUUGGAGGAGCGCCAAUUCGUAGGGGAGACUUCCCGUGAGUCGAUUGGAAUACAGUUCAAUCUUGGUCACGUAUCCAAAGUCAUUGCAGGCGACUUGAUACCAAGAGCAUUCAUCCGGGAAUACCAACCACCCCGUGGCAUCAAUCCAUCCUCGGACGUCGCCACUCAAUCCAGUAAUGGAAUUGGGUGCGGCAAACGUCGAGUAGUAAAGGCAGGCGAGCGCAUACCGUUGUAGAAUUUUUUGGGGUGACAAUGGGAAACCAGCGGCUGUUGGAUCACUGGGUGUAUUGGUGACGACCCAGUCGAGUGCGCGACUCUGGUACGAUUCGGGAUCUUCAAAUUCGAGGCCGUCGAAUCGCGAUGUCGAUUGGAUCAUGUCGACAAUGGUCGUAUCGGAUAUUGGAGGGUGCGUUGGUUUGGGUGUAGGACUGGGUGUUACUGUAGGACUGGAUGUGAGUGUUGUUGGGGGUGUUGCGGUCGGAGUAUUGGUACUGGCAUAUGCCACAUCGACAUCGAGACUGGUUUCCCGUUGCAACCAUCGGUUCCAGAAUUCUUCAUCUUCUUGCAACGUGCCUUGUUGGUCGAAACGCCGUUGUCGUCCGAGCGGCACUUUUCGGGAUUCAGUAAUAGCACCCAAGAGGCUCAGAAGGACCAGAGCGGUACAGAGAUUGGUGGGCCGUGUCAUCAUCGUCUUGCUUUGGAGGCAACUUGAACGAAACCAAAAGUGAGACGAGGAGUUCUCGCAAAAACUGGGCGAAAUUUCGAAAAGCGAGGGCAUUGAGCGAUCGAGCCACGAUUCCACUCCCGCGGUACACUUUACUCUGGACGCACAAGGGAUCA